ACCCCUUAAAUCCAGUUUGUCGGUGAUUUUGUUUUGAUUCUAAACAUUUAUCAGCUUUUCUGUUUCAGUUGUUGAUUCUUUGGUCGGAUUUCAGUUCAGUGAUUUAAAAGGGGCCUGCAAAUAAAUAGGAAAUAAUGGCAAACGUAGCACUAAGUGAAGCUGAGAAAACCUUUAUAUUACAUGGUGUUGAGGAGGACUUCCGAUGUGAUGGUCGUUCGCGCCGUGAUUAUCGUCCCAUGGAAUUGGAAUGUGAAAUAGUAAACAAUGCCAGUGGGUCGGCAAGAUUACGUUUGGCAAAUACUGAUAUCCUGGUUGGUGUGAAAUGCGAAAUUGAUACACCCACAUCAUUGCAUCCGGAUCAGGGGAAAAUUGAGUUCUUUGUUGAUUGCUCUGCUAAUGCCACACCUGAAUUUGAGGGCAGAGGUGGUGAAGAACUAGCCUUAGAGCUGGCCGAUACUCUAACGAAUGCCUACGAGUCACCUUCAGCCUUUGACCUUAAAUCAUUGUGUAUAUUACCGGGGCAACAUUGUUGGAAACUCUAUGUGGAUAUUCUGAUUUUAGAGUGUGGUGGAAAUUUAUUUGAUGCCGUGUCAUUAGCAUCCAAAGCGGCUAUAUUCAAUACAAGAAUUCCCAAAGUUACUGCUGCUGUUAUGGACGCUGGAGAGGCUGAAUUGUUAAUUUCCGAUGACCCCUAUAAUUGUACACGCAUUGAAAUUGAUAACAUUCCGAUAUUGGUAACAGUUUGUAAAAUAGGAGAUUGUUGUGUGGUAGAUCCCUCAGCCGAGGAAGAACAAUGCAGUACAGCAAGUUUAGUAGUGGGAGUCUCGAAAAGAAAUAAUAAAUGUUAUGUCUCACAUACACACACUGUAGGUGGUGGAUCAUUGCACAAAGACACCAUGUAUAAAUGUUUAAACUUGGGCGUUACGGCUGGUGCAACACUCAACGAUGCCCUCGAGAAAGCCCUGCGUUUGGAAGAAUCCCGUGUGGGAAACAAAAGGAAAGAGACUGUUGGAUUUUUGAAAUGAAUGUCAAGUUUGUCGUCUUCUUUACGUUUUAUUCAUGCUGUUAAUAUAAGCAGCCCAUUGUUUAAAUAAGUUUUUAUUACAAAAAAAUCAAUGUAUGUAGAAUAAUAGUAAUGUUUUGAUAUUUGUAUGCGUUACAAGUAAAUAAACUAAUACAUAAUUUCCUAAA